AUUUAGAUGCCUAUCAAUGAUGAAAUUGGUAGUACUUUGUUGAUCGAUGUACAGAAAUUGGUUGAGUGUCCAAUCUGCUGCGAGAGUCUUGCGGAACCGCUUUUUUUGAGCUGCGGACAUUCGUUCUGCAAAUCGUGCUUGGACAAGCUGCGUGUCGCUCCGUCUCCGUCUGUUAGACAUGAUGCAAACAACCCCGCUACGGUUGUAAGAUGCCCAGAAUGUCGUCAAAAUACAAGACUGCCUGAGACAGGUCUACCUGUCAAUUACUGUCUACGAGAUGUGGUGAACCUUCUCUCCAACGCGAGUGCAUUGACUACUAAUAUCAAGAUGAUUGAAAACAAACAAGGAGAAGGCGACUGUCUUUUAAAAUGCUCAAUCUGCAACACUGUGUUGAUGAAUGACAUGUACCUAUCGUGUUGUAACUGCUCAGAAGAUGAAAAAGCGAGACAAAUGUGCUCAGUAUGCUGCCUCAUAAAUCACAAUGGUCAUAUGACUGAGGCAAAGUUUGAGGAGAGGAGCAUUGUGACUAUUUCUGAGAUAGAUAACACCGCAAGUUGUAGCCUCCAAGGUCAACGGCAAGACGCUCUGGCGGUAGACCGUGCAUUGAUUCGUGAGAGCUUUGCACAUAUUCCCUAUCAAUGUGAAAUGAUGCAGGAACGGACUGAUCACGAAAGCAGAAAUGAGGUCCCGGCUUUGGCACUUGGAAUAAGGAAUCAUCCUGAACAUAUCAGGACUGGUGGUUCUCCUACUGAGCCCACCUCUACAGCUACAAAAGUUAUAGCAGUUGUUUUUGCAUUGUGUCUACUUACACCUUUCCUUCUUUUGAUGAUCCCGCUGCUGAUUUCCGCUUCUUAG